GCACGAGGCACCCUUCCGCACUUAGCCGACGAUUAGUGAUAUAUGGCGCGAUUUUACCUUUUACUUUAUUUAAUCAUCGAUUAAUAUCCCAUGAAAGUUAUUUUUGCGCCAUAAGGCGAAUUAAUGUCUGAUUCAAACCAGUGUUUCUAUAAUUUAUUCAAAAAUGUGGCGAUUUCGUGGAAAUAAAAAUUGACAAUUUUUGAAGGGUCAAAGAAGAAAAGUCUCCAUUUAAUUUGUAUGCCAGUUGUGAAAAUAUUUGAAGAUGAUGCUCUCCACAAUUAUUUUCUGCGGUUAAUUUUUCGAUUUUGAUUCAAUCAAUUAAAAUGACUGCAGUUACCGAGAAACUUGGUAGUUUCAGUGCUGAUAGUGAUGUCAAACCAGAGGAAGAAGUUUUGGGGUCAGUUACACAUGAAACACAAUCGACUGAACGUCCUAUUCAGUUGAGGACCAGUGCUCGUGUAUCGAAAAAAUUACGUCUCGAUUUGCAAACUAACGCUGCUCCUGCACCAGUCGUAGAGAAAAAAGAGACCAAACCAGAAGAGAAGGUUCCUGAACAGAAAUCCAAUACUGUUCGUCGAGUUCACGAAUUGUGGUCGACGGAAGAUAAGAAUGCUUUUUUCGAAGCACUUAACGAGUAUGGUAAAGAUUUCGAUGCUAUACAAACGCACAUGAAUAAUAAAAGGAAAAAGCGAGGAAUCAAUCAUAGCAUUUCGAAGAACAGAGAUCAAGCUAGGCAUUUUUACUACAGGACUUGGCAUAAAAUAUCGAAAUAUUUGGAGUUUCCUCAAGAGGUCAAAAAAGCAGUACGUGAGCAAUAUGGAUUGAUUAAUUUUGGAGAAUUUCGGAAAAAAGUUGGGUUCGUUUCGGAGAAGAAUUCGGUCAAAUUGAAUGAAUUAAUUUAUAGUGGCAGUACUCAGGUUCGAAUUAAGGGUAAAACGCUACGUAUCAAAACCCCUGUUUGCAGAGCCCUCAGAAAAUUGAACCAGUUACAAGAAACCACCGCUGAUGUCAAGCUUCCAACUCGCAUUACUAUCGAACUACGUCCACGUAAUAAGGAAUCGUGGUGUCGCGUCCAAUCUUUGGCUAUGAAUCCAAGAGCACGAACUACGCUACCGUUGCCUCAACAAUUGAUUUCUCUGAUAAAUUAUCUACAAAAAAAGUGGCAGUCACCUGAAGCUAAACUGAAGGAAAAAUCUACGCCUCACAAUGCCGAUAAUAAACCAGAAUCUGUCGAUAGUGAUGCUCCAUUAUUACGAUUAGCACCCAAGCAAGGAAUAAAUAUAGUAGCACCUUCGGUUCGUAGUGGAGAAUUCAUAACUAGCUCUCGUAUCAGUUUGCUGGCUUAUGAAGAGAAAUUUGGUAUAGAAGGACAAGCGAUUUCAGAGAGUUUGAAACAAUUACAGACCGCCAAUAAAAGUGGCAAAUCGAGUCGUAAUGUGAAAAAACAACAUGUAGAAGAUGAAAAGUCUAAAGCCAAAGAAGAACCUGAUACUCAUACACAAACCUUAGCCCAAACCGAUAAAGUUCUAUCCGAUAAAGAUUUCGUAUCUUCGACUGUGAAUCAGCUUUUGUUAUUGAACAGCGAACAUGAUCAGUCAGCAAAAGACGGAGUUGAUGAAAACGAAUGGAACAGUCCAGUUAAAGAUGAUUUUGAACUUGAUACUGAGAUAUCUGCUUCCGAAAAUAAAGAAGAAAUAAUUGAAAGAGCGAAAGCCGGUUGGAAUGCUAAAAACGCCGAAGCCAUUAGAAUUGGCGAUUUGUACCUUAUGUUCGGCGUUGAUUCUAAAUUACAACUGGAUUAUUGGUGGGAAGAUCCAAUUGUUGAUAAAGAGCAAAAAGCCACCGAAUCCGUCGGUGAGUCAUCUCAUAACGAAGAGAAAAAUAAACUUUCCGAAUCUUUACGAAAACUUGUAUCUAUAGCGAAACUAUAUUUAACCAAAGACAAGAAUCAAUGCACUUGUGGCCACAUUUGUAAAUCUAAUAAUAAAAUUGUGAAUGGCCGUAGCAGAGUUAUAAAUAAGCCCAAAGUCACGAUAAAUAAUAAUGUAUCGGAAAAUGAUAGAUUAUUGAACGUAACCACCGACACGACUCCUAAAAAUCAUAUCACAAAUGUUACCGUGAACAGAAUUCAUUCCAAUUAUGUUCCUUCCAGAGGAGUCAGCUCGUUUAAAGAACAACUUGAUUUACAAUAUUACAAUCGGCGAAGGAGCGGUGAUAAGCAACGUUCGUUGCCUUCUGUACCCAAAGUAACUAUACAAGUCAUUAAACCACCCAAAGAAGGCGAUCGAGUAGAAGUCAGGGAAGAAAAGAACGAUACUGAAGCUGAGAAAGAUCAUAGUGCAGAUAUAACCUCGAGAAUCAAUGUGAAUAACACGAUUAAUAACAACUCUGUUUUUAGUCAGUUACCUCUAUUUCCUGAUAACAUCAGCGAUAAAGACUUAUUAUUGCAAGACGAAGACACGAAAUCAAGUUGUUCGACUAUUACGAGAUUCUUGAAUCAAGCUCUACCAAAAGUUAUACCUCAACCUAUAGAUCCAAACCCUGAUGGUUUUGCAAUUCCUUUGAUUUCUCAAAGAAUCGUCGAUGAUGUUGAUUUGAAUCAAAAUACGAAUGACAGAGCUUCGCCAACAUUAUCGAUGGCUUCGAAUUUUUCAAUCGGCAGUCUUUUAGCCCAACUUGAUAAUCCGAAACCUUCGAGUGCACCUGUAACGCUUGAUGAAGAUACGAGGUUUUCCACCGAUGUUGAAACUCAAUUUCAACGCUUAAUCAACGAAAGUAGCGUCGAUUAUACCGAAAAAUUCGCCAGUAUUGCAGCUCAAAUGGCUUCUGAAAAUAAUAACAAAAUUUAGUUUUCACAUAUUACCUAGAUACAAACCAAGCUGUUUGUCACACUUCCAUAUUAAAAUCCAUCAUGUUAGAUUAUUGAUAUUGACGAGAUCGUAGAUUGCUUGAGUUUGUUUUUUUUUCAUUUUUUAGACUGAUUAGUACCUGACAGUUUAAUAUUAUUGUUGACUCUGAAAAGUUUACCUAUUCUAUAUUCUAUGUAUACGUGUACCCGAUGCUGUUGGCACUUGUUUACUCUCGAUUGUUCUAAUUCUCUCUUUUGUAAUGUACAUAUAUUUUUUUUACAGAGCUACUUACCUUUUUCUCUUAGUUUUACAAUAUAAUUGUUUUGACGAAUAAAGUUUCUUCAAUUUA